AUGAGAGCAACAAUCUUCUUCCUCCAGGCUGCUGCCAUGGUAUCAGCAUCGGCGUACGACUCGCUUUUCCCCACCGACGAGCCCACCGUCACGAGCGAACCGGCGACCGGGAGCCUGCUCUCGGAGCUCGACUCGUACGGCAGCGACCUGUACAAGACGUGCACACUCACAGGUCUCGAACGGCUGGAUUGCCCCUCCCCAGGAAAUAAAUGGUGCGGCUUCACCACCGCCGCCCCGGCUGCCGUGCUCUCCGACUUCUCCUCUCUCGGCAGCCUGGCCUUAUCGUGGUGGUCGGCGCAUAGCUCCGCGGCCGUGUCCCUUGCCUCGGAGUGCCCACUUGGCUGGUGGGACGCCGUGAUGGCAGUGCCUAAUGCUGAGAGGUGGCUGAACGACACCAUUGCCUUUGCUGGGUGCUAUGCCGAUGCACAUCCCACGACUGGAUCAGCGACCGAACCCACAACUGGAUCCUUGACGACCGGACUGACUGCAACAACUCGCUCGGGAGUAACUAGCAGUGGUCCUAAGGCGACGUCGACAGAUAUGCCCAAUAGUGUUCUUGGUCAAACUGAGGGUGUGGAGAUGUGGAUGGUUGCAGGCACUGGAUUGGCUGUUGCUGCGGCGAACUUGGUAUAA